CCCGCCGGUCUGGCCGCUGCCGUCACCUCAUGGCGACGCGGGUGGAGGAGGCAGCGCGGGGGAGAGGACGGGGAGGCGGCGAGGCGGCGGAGCCCGGCCGGGCCGGACGCAGGCGCAGCCCCCGGCCGGGGGCCAACCCUGAGUUGAUAAUCGGCACAAUGGAAGAAGCUGGCAUCUGUGGGAUCGGCGUAAAAGAAGGUGAUCUGUUGAAUCCUCAACCAGCUGACAUCUUACAACGCCAAGGACCAGAUUAUAUCGGGACGAGCAACAAGAGUUCUCUGGAGGAAGGUGAAGAGACUGACUAUAUUACCAAGAAUAGGAAUUUAGUCCGCACGGCGUACUGCGCGCAAGAAUCAAGAGAUAAAAUUCCCGUGAGAGGAGCCCGAACGGAUCCCCCGGACGGUCAGCAGGACUUGGAGCGGGACAAGAGCAAAGAGAAAACCUUAGGAAAGGAAGUUCUGUUGUUAAUGCAGGCCUUAAAUACCCUUUCGACUCCUGAAGAGAAACUGGCCGCACUGUGCAAGAAGUAUGCCGAUCUUCUAGAAGAGAGCAGAAACGUUCAGAAGCAGAUGAAGAUUCUCCAGAAGAAGCAAGCCCAGAUCGUGAAAGAGAAGGUCCACCUGCAGAGUGAGCACAGCAAAGCUAUCCUGGCCCGCAGCAAACUGGAAUCUCUCUGCAGAGAGCUUCAGCGUCACAACAAGACCUUGAAGGAAGAAAAUACGCAGCAGGCACGGGAGGAAGAGGAGAGACGUAAAGAAGCGACCGCACAUUUCCAGAUAACUUUAAACGAAAUUCAAGCUCAGCUGGAGCAGCACGACAUACACAACGCCAAACUCCGCCAAGAGAACAUCGAGCUGGGGGAAAAGUUGAAGAAACUCAUCGAGCAGUAUGCGUUACGGGAAGAGCACAUCGACAAAGUGUUCAAACACAAAGAGCUGCAGCAACAGCUGGUGGACGCCAAACUUCAGCAGACGACGCAGCUCAUAAAAGAAGCCGAAGAAAAACAUCAGAGGGAAAGGGAGUUUUUGCUGAAAGAGGCAACAGAGUCGAGACACAAAUGUGAGCAGAUGAAGCAGCAGGAAGCACAACUAAAGCAGCAGCUUUCUCUUUAUAUGGACAAGUUCGAAGAAUUCCAGACAACCAUGGCGAAAAGCAACGAGCUUUUUACCACCUUCAGGCAGGAAAUGGAAAAGAUGACCAAGAAAAUCAAAAAACUGGAAAAGGAAACGAUCGUUUGGCGCACGAAGUGGGAAAACAACAAUAAAGCUCUUCUGCAAAUGGCCGAAGAGAAAACCAUUCGGGAUAAAGAGUACAACGCCUUUCAGAUCAAACUGGAGCGUUUGGAGAAACUGUGCAGGGCCCUUCAGACGGAGAGGAACGAGCUGAACGAGAAGGUGGAGACCCUCCAGGAGCAGGUGUCGGUCCGGGAGGCGGCGGCCGCCCGGUCGGCCGAGCCGGGGCCGCCGCCGGGCCCCGGCCCGGAG